ACAGUCUAGCGUAUCAAACAUACUAGCACUCACGGAGAGCUUGACCAUUGCAGUGCGGCGUAGCACUCGUACACAUUGGAACCGAUUUCAUCCUGGCAUUCAUUCGUGACUGCUGACACGCUGUGCACCGCUCAAGGCAGCCGAACCAUCGCUCAGGGCAGCCCUGACAUUAUGAGCUGAGGGAGAACAAAUCAUGAUGCCAGCAGUGGACAACACCUCGACAGUACCGGCCGACAAGCCUUGGGAGACGCUCGAAGCCGAAGUUCUUGACGCCUUGUCGGCCGCACGGUUGGCUCCUAGUGACGUCGCGACGAGACUCGCGACGCGUGCAUCGCUAUACAAAGGCAAGACCUACCAGCCGCCCGGCAACGCGCGGCCGCGCCAGACCAAGGAAGGCGCCUCGGCGGUCAAGGACGCCAUCCAAUGGCUCCAGAAGUGCGAGGCCGCGUGCCCGCUCGCAGAGGCCGGCGUAGGGCUGAAGCUCGCGGCCGAGGACCACGCGGUCGACGUGGGCGGAGCGGGCGUCGCGUCGCACCGCGGCGGCGACGACUCGCGGCCCGAGGACAGGGCCACGCGCUACGGGAAGUGGAAGGGAGCCGUCGGCGAGUGUAUUUGGUAUGGGCGCGCUACUACGGGCGCUCAGGUGGUGGAAGACCUCAUUGUUGAUGAUGGCGUGUGGGACUGUGUGGAAAUCAACCAGUGUGUCGGGUGCACCCGAUAAUUCUUCACAAAGUCAUAUCACAGCGACGGCGCGGCCGUGCUGGCUCCGUCGAGCGGUGAGGAACCGGCACCGCCACGCCAUCGAGCAGGCGUCGCGUCGAUGGCGUGCAGGUAGACGCGUCAGCACGAACGUGCCGUAAAAUUUUGAUUUUCACACAGGUGCGGGAUAGGGGCCAUAGACUCUGCGUCUUCGAUCCGCGGUGGAAGGCGGCGGCCGUGCGGGCGGGGGCGCACGCGACCUUUGGCACUGUUGUGUGCAUCGAAUUCUGCGUGGGCUUCGACGACGAUGAAGACGCAAUCGCCGCCCGGCAAACGAACGGCCCGCCGCCGCGCGUCGCGCGGACCGACGUCGCCACACAGUGGGACAUCGGGACCUGCCGCGGCUGCGCCAAGAUCAUCCGGGGCGGCGCCGUCGUCGAGGUUCCCAAACUCGGCAAGUAUCAUGAAGCCUGCUUCCUGUGCAGCGGGUGCGGCACGUCGCUCGCCGGCGACGCGCGAAAAAAAGAGGAAAAUGGAUAUCUGUUCUGUCAGCCCUGCUGGGUGGCGCUCUACGCGCCGAGCUGCUUUGUGUGUGGCAACAAAAUCGAUGGCGACCGCGUCGGGACCAAAGCAUCGGACGGGAGCGUCAGCUACAGGCAUCCGACCUGCAAACCUGCAAAAACGCCCAAGAAGAAGACGAAGAAGAAACGAAUGGGGGCCAAGGCCCUCGUCAAUGUGUACAAGGCGGCCGGCGCGCUACCGAAGAUAUAAUUCCCACAACAUAAUUUAUAAACAA